GCCACGGGAUUCUGCCAGAGCUGAAUCCGGCCGCCAUGUCGAUGAUCACUGCAAACCGAUUUGGAGAGGUGUUCUCGCAACGUCCCGAAAAGGGACAUGAACUCCAUGACUUCAGCCCUGCGACAGGAUACGUCGGGAAGAAGAGUGUCACAGUGAAAGUCGAGGGCAAGGACGAGGUGGUCGAAAUCGACCCUGAACUCGGUCCUCUGGUGUGGACUCAAGACGGCAGCCGCUGCUUUUCGUACCUCACCACCUGCGAUCCCUGCUGCUAUGGUGCUGGUGGCUUUCGUCAAGAUAAGAACUGGUUGCAUAUGACCUCCACAGAACAAACCGUCCAAGUCCACCUGGUUGCCAAGAUGAACAAACGACGAAGGGACCUUUUUGCUCUCGGAUGAUUUCAGACACAGCGUUCAUGGAGAAAGAUUCGGGCUGAUG